UGCGGUGCAGCGGGUCGGUAGGCGGGAAAUGGCGACUGAGCGCUGAGCGCCGAGCGCCCGGAGCGCGGACCCGCCGCCGCCGCCAGCGCCCUCCGCCCGCCCGCCCGCCCGCAGCGCGGCCCCGCGGCGCCGCUCCCCGGCCCCCGCUCCCGCAGCUUUCCAUGUGGUACCCAUGAAGAUGAGGCUGAGGACACGGAAGGCCUCCCAGCAGUCCAACCAGCUCCACACGCAGCGGGCGCUGCGGGCCAAGCGGAAACACUCGGAGGUGGAGGAGCCCUUACCUGGCGGCGGGGGAAAACCACCCAAAAAUGAGACAGGCCUCUUGUCUUCGAUCAAAAAGUUCAUUAAAGGAAGCACACCCAAGGAAGAAAGAGAAAACCCCACCAAGAGGAGUCGGAUCGAGCGGGACAUCGAUAACAACUUGAUCACGUCCACGCCGCAGACGGGCGAGAAGCCGCACAAGCAGCUCUCGCGGGUGCGGCGGAAAAGUCAGCUCAACGGAGAAGCUGGAAGUUAUGAGAUGACAAACCAACACGUAAAGCAAAAUGGAAAAUUGGAAGAUAAUCCUACCACAGGCAGUCCCCCACGAACAACGUUACUGGGAACCAUAUUUUCUCCUGUUUUCAAUUUUUUUUCACCAGCAAAUAAAAAUGGAACGUCGGGCUCCGACUCGCCGGGCCAGGCCGUGGAGGCCGAGGAGAUCGUGAAGCAGCUGGACAUGGAGCAGGUGGACGAGAUCACCACGAGCACGGCUACGUCCGCCAACGGCGCCGCCUUCCCCGGCCAGCCCGGCCAGGCCCGCGCCGUCAACAACGGCCUGGGGGACCCCGAGGAGCCGGGGGACCGCGACCUGCCCCCGCUCACGGCACCAGUAUCUCCAGACAGUGGCUACUCAUCAGCUCAUGCAGAAGCCACCUAUGAAGAGGACUGGGAAGUCUUUGAUCCAUACUAUUUCAUCAAACAUGUCCCCCCACUAACAGAAGAGCAGCUGAACAGGAAGCCAGCUCUCCCACUGAAAACCAGAAGCACACCAGAGUUCUCAUUAGUUCUAGACUUGGAUGAAACAUUAGUGCACUGUAGUCUAAAUGAAUUAGAAGAUGCUGCACUCACUUUUCCAGUUCUUUUUCAAGAUGUCAUUUACCAGGUGUACGUCCGGCUACGGCCGUUCUUCCGCGAGUUCCUGGAGCGGAUGUCUCAGAUCUACGAGAUCAUUCUGUUCACUGCCUCUAAGAAGGUGUAUGCAGACAAGUUACUGAACAUCCUGGACCCCAAGAAGCAGCUGGUCAGGCACCGACUCUUCCGUGAGCAUUGUGUGUGUGUGCAAGGGAAUUACAUCAAGGAUUUGAACAUCCUGGGCAGAGACCUCUCCAAAACCAUCAUCAUCGACAAUUCACCGCAAGCCUUUGCCUACCAGCUUUCCAAUGGAAUUCCUAUAGAAAGCUGGUUCAUGGAUAAAAAUGAUAAUGAACUCCUAAAGUUGAUUCCAUUUCUGGAGAAACUCGUAGAGCUGAACGAAGACGUCCGACCUCACAUCAGAGACAGAUUUCGCUUGCAUGAUUUGCUACCGCCCGAUUAAAGCCUUUGCUCUCACUGCCGAGGGGAGGAAAUGCAGGACCCUGUUGGACUGAUACAAAACAUUGCCAUUACUGUUGAAAUUUUGCAUUUUUGUACCCCGUCUUGCUUUUCUUAUCUUUGGUGCCCAACAAUGAUCAAGGGUUACAGGAAGAGACUUUCUACACCUGAGGUUGCCGCCAUCAGUACAAUCCAGUACCCGCAGUAGGGAGGCUAGAACAGAAAAGUCUUUAGAACUAGUGCGACUCCAAGGAAACUUUUUAUGUACAGGACAUCUGCAGUUUAUAAAGAAAAUUCUGUUUCUGCCACCAGCAGUUUGACCUGUAGAAACACAGGAUUUUAUGAUACAACAGAGAUUGAAAACGGACUCGGAUUUUCUCUCUGUUCGGUGCUCUAAGUGGGUUUGUAGCCACUUUUCUGUUACUUUUAAGAUUCUCAUUUCAACAGGAAUGGCCAGUAAAAGUUGUUUUAUUUUUCCUGUUAAGGUUUAUAACCUUUUUACAUUUUUGACCUGUAUUAGAUUAGAAUUUCAUUAUGCAUUCCUUUUAGUUGAGGCGCUUCAUAGUUUUUCUGGAAAUAGCCAAAUUUUGUUAGUUUUUUAUUAAACAGUUGGCUGGCCGUUUCCCUGCUUUGUCUGCCUGCAUCCUGUAUAUUUGUUUAAAAAUAUUCUCUAGUUUUAGCCCACGUAAGUUUCAUUUAGAAAGAAAAAAAACAAAAAAAACCCAACCAACCCCAACCCUGCAUUUAUAUUUUCUGUCUGUAAUAUUUUACUGUAGUCAAAACCUUUUCCAAAAUCAAGAGACUGGCUAGAUAAGACGAAGAUAAGAGUUACUAAUCCCCGGAGUAUCCCAAACCAUUGCGAUGGCACGUCCUCUGCACAGAGCACACCUGGCAGUGGCACCACGAUGGACAAGGAAUACCUCACCCUCUGCUGUGCCCUGGGGCAGGACGAGGUCACCUGGCAGGUGUGGGGAGGCUGCUCCUGCUGCUGCCCGGGCUGCUCCUGCUGCUGCCCGGGCUGCUCCUGCUGCUGCCCGGGCUGCUCCUGCUGCUGCCCGGGCUGCUCCUGCUGCCCGUGUGCCCAGGCUGCCCCGGGCAGGGCUCCGGGCAGGGCUCCGGGCUCCCUGACACUCCUGCUCCUGCUCAGCCUCUGCCAUCGCAGUGGUUUCCGAGGGAACAGCCCCGGCCGUGGCUCCUGAUGCACGAGGUGAUGUUUGUGCAGCCCUGGGGCCGCAGGCAUUUGUGGAAGGGAGAAUUGGUGCGAGUUAGGAAGCUCUGCCUCUCGACUGCAUUACCACGCCACAGGCUCGGACUGGUUUUGUGUAAAAGAUGUCACAGAACGGCACUUUUUCUAAAGAGAAGUUUGCUAUUUUGUAUGCUUGAUAAGAAAGUACAGUAUUGGAAAUUAAAGGUGGACAGCUGAUAAUUGAGAAGUAUGUCAAUUAAUUUUUUAUGUAUAUUACCUGUUUACUUGUACAAUUUUAUUGUACAAAUUACAUGCAGCUUCAUUUUCAAAUGAGUCCUUAAAAUAAGGAAAAUCUUUUUAGCAAAACAUUUAAUUUUUGUAUUUUUGAUUUUAAAAGGCAUGAGUUAUGUCAACUUUUUCCAGUGUAUUAAUGAAGAUUUUAACUUUUCAUCAGGUUGAGUGUUUUCUUACUAUAUUAUCUGUUGUGUAUGUAGCUAGCACAUGGUGUCACUGAACUGUUAAAACUUAGCAUGUAGAGCAAGCCUGUUUUGUGGAAAAUCCUUAUUCAUUAAAAACAAAAUCAUCAUGGCAGAUUUUCUGCAAAAAAGUGAAAACAUUUGCAAUUCAGAAUACUGAUUUUUUUUGUAUUUAAAGAAAGGUAUUUUGCUUGCAGGAAAGAAAUACUACAGAUUCAUUUUAAUGAGAAUCUUUUAAAUGUAUUUAUCUUUAGGGCAUCUGGGCAUCUUUACGCUGUUUGUCUUAUGUCUUUAUUGAAAUAAAAUGUACAGAACAUUACUUUA